AUGUGGUCAGCGACUGAAGCCCUUGCAGGGCUCGUUCCAAACUGUAUAUGUGGAGCUUCGUAUGAUCUCAGAUUCUGUGCACCUCAUUCUCUUCCAUGUGCUCAUACAUUUUGCCUAAUGUGCCUGAGUAAGGAGAAGCAGACGAAAAAGCGAAGGUGUCCAUCCUGUCGAAAGAAGUACUCUUCGUUUGUUUUGAACACAGCUCUUGUCGAAGUAGUAAAGCGUGUACGCCAACGUCAUGAAUGGCUGGAACAGCGUUCAGUGAGAUGUGAUGAAUGCGAAUCGCGACGGUCAAUAACGGCGAUGCGUCGAUGUAUAAGUUGUAGUCGCCAUAUGAAUAAGCACAUGUCAGCCGGGUUGCACUUGGACUGCGUUAUAUGCCUUGAAUGCUGUGUUGGCCGUCAUAAUGGCCACGAAUUAGCUCUGGUAGCAUCAUCAUCGUUUUCUUCGUAUCCCUCACAACCAGUUGCAUCGUCUACUCCUCGCAAUAACUCGCCAAGGUUCCUGCUACUGAGAAUUUUUCAAGACAGACAACAGCGUGUAUACGCGAAAGUUCAAUACUCGGAUUCCACAUGUAAGUCCAAGGCUGAUCCCAGCCAUCCACGAGUUCCUCCUGCAUCUUCCAUGAUUGAAGAGGAGUUGGUCUACGAAGCCAGGAGCCCUCUGUAUUAUCGCAUACAGCAGUCGGCUAGUGAAAAUAUCUCGAUUAGUGCUGCCAUAGCCAAACGUCUGUCAGGACUUGUGCUUAGGAAGAAUAGUGGCUGUGAAUCUGCAUCGAAUCAAGAAAAACUCCUUUGUCACCAAAAAUUGAACGGUUCAUCUGAUAGUGGAGUAACUUGUGGUGUAAGCAGCACGGACCAGAGAGAUAUGUCUGUCUAUCAGAGUAUAUCGCCAUACGAUGUUUGUAUUCCCAGAAGGACCGCUUCGUCAAUGUUGCCGUUGAACACAGCAAAGUGA